GAAGAAGAAGAAGUCGGUAUGACAGGUUUCAUAACCUGAAUAUAGUCGUCAACUUUAACGAUAAAUAUCUCGCUUCACGGAGCAGUGCGACGCUUUUUUCUGCCAGAUUUUUUGUUUCGCGCAAAAACGCGACGAUUGAGCAUAAUUUCAUCGAUAUUGGAGAUAUUCCAGUUAUAUAUAAACUAUAGAUUUAUAAGUACAGAUUAGAAUUAAUAAUGAAGAACAUAAACGAGGGAGCAGAUUUGUCAAGCUCGGAAGAUGAAACAUCUACAAAUAUUCUGAGAGAAGCAAUUGAUCAGCAAUUUCUAAACAAUGAUAUGUACAGCAUGAAAAAAGUCCAAGUUACUCCUGAAGUACAAACUAACAAACUGGGCGAAAACUCCUUGAGCUCAAAGCAGGAGGAUAGAUUUACGAAUUUUGGUGUUACUGCCACGUUUCAGAGUUUUAUCGCUAAGAAACUAGAUGAAAUUUUGGAACGAACUAUAGAGUUAGAAAGCAGGGAAACUAUCAACUAUUGCGCCGAACAAAAACGGAGGAGAAGCAAAAGCUCUGGGAUAAAACUUCUAAGUACAUCGAAAAAAUUGUUGACGAUCACGAAAGUCACAGAGGACUGUACGGAGCGAAGAGAUCCAAAAGAGAUUGAAAAGAGAUCCAAAAGGACUAGACAAAUUGCAGAGGAUGAUGAGGAUGCCUUUUCGAAAUUUCGAGAAGCCGCUAUCGACCCGGAACGCAUAUUGAGCAAAUUAGAGACAAAAGCUUGGGUCAAUAAACGUCCAGAAUCGGAAUUCAAAUAUAAAAGAUUACAAAAUGGCAUUUUAAUCGAGAUGUAGCAUUACUUUUUCAUUUGCAAUUGUAUAUAUGUAUAUGUUGUAUAAAUGUAGAGAUAAGAUUAUUUUCCAUAA